AUGACCGUAAACAGCAAGCUAACGAUCGGUGUCUUGUAUGACGACGGCGUUGUGAAGCCGCAUCCUAGUAUCGUAAGGGUUCUCGCGCAAGCUGCAGCUGCUCUUGCAGCUGAUGGUCAUGAGCUUGUGAUGUGGAAGCCCGACUUGCACGCUGAGUGCAUAGAGGUUAUGGAUGCCUACUUCACAGUCGAUGGAGGAGAAGACAUUCGUCGUGAUGUCGAGGCAGGAGGCGAGCCUUUUAUCCCGAGCGUGGAGAGGCUUGUGAACAGGGGAAAGCCAAUAUCAGUGUUUGAUUAUUGGCAACUUAACAAACGGAAGCGAGAGCUCCAGCAGGCCUAUUUGGAGAAGUGGAAUAACACCCACUCUAAGAAGGGAAAGACUGUGGACGCAAUUAUAAUGCCGGCUCUGCCACAUGCGGCUGUCCCUCACAACACUGUCAAGUGGGUGGGAUACACCAAAGUCUGGAAUCUUUUGGAUUAUACGGCUUUAGUCAUUCCGGGAGGAAAGGUUGAAGCUAGGGAUCUUGACGCAUUGUGGGAUCAUGAGCCGAGAAAUGAGCUGGACGAAUGGAACACCCGCCUUUGGGAGGAUCAUAUGCAAGAUAUGGUCAAGCACCAUCUCCCUGUGGAUAUACAGAUCGUGGGGCGGGUUUUGGAGGAGGAAAAGGUUUUGGCUGUUGGCAAGGUGCUAGAUGAUUUGUUGCGUACUCAUGUACUUGAGACAUGA